GGGACGCGUGACGCAGCGUGCGGGGAAUGCGUAUUUUCCCCUCGAUCAGAAAAGGACCCGGGUAGGACUCCAGUUUCGUCGCCACCCAGGAGGCGUGCCACUUUCACUGUUGCACUCGAGCUGUCACGAUGUCCACGAACAUGACGACGGCAGCGACGACUCCGUUCGGCAGUCUGCACGACCACUACGUACAGCUGGCAGACCCGCGGACAAGCGACUGGCCAUUCAUGGGCAGCCCAGUGCCAAUAGUGACUCUCAUCGGAAUGUAUCUGCUCUUCGCCACGCGGAUCGGACCCUGGCUGAUGCGUGAUCGCGAGCCUUACAAAAUACGAAAUCUCGUGUUCGCCUAUAAUGUGGCUAUGGUGGCGCUGAGCUUCUACUUCAUCUACAUCACGCUGACAUACAUGGGAAUGCGGAAUGGUCAGAGCCUGCUGUGCUGGCCGACGGACCCAAGACCCACGGGGAUAAAUAUGUUCUUUCUGGAUAAGGCGUGGUACUACAUGCUCAUGAAGGCAGGCGAGAUGCUGGACACGCUGUUCUUCGUGCUGCGCAAGAAGACGCGCCACCUCAGCUUCCUUCACUUGCUGCACCACUCACUCGCCCUGUGGUCCGUGUGGCUCGUGCUCACGCUGGGCAUCACGGGACACGUGUACUCUUUUCCACUGCUCAACUCUGGUGUGCAUGUUGUUAUGUACGGCUACUACGCUCUUUCCGCACUGGAGCCUGCGACGCGGCCGACAUUGUGGUGGAAGAAGUACGUCACUCUGUUCCAGAUCAUCCAGUUCACCGCGCUUGCUCUGCACGCCCUGAUACCGGUUGUCGUUGACUGCGGUAUAUCCCGAGUCCUCGCCUUCGUCGGCGCUCUGGAGGGAAUCCUAUUUGCCAGCCUUUUCACGGACUUCUACUACACUGCGUACGUCAGACAGCGUUCGAAAACCCGUUAAUUGCUCCUGAACUAUGUAGUGUGUGUUUUGAGGACCCUAAAACCUGUGCGCCACAAUCUAAGGCUCGUUGAUGGACAUUGGGAGUGACCUUGCGCCUGCUCCUUUCGUUGUAAAUUUUGCUAAAAACUUGAACAGAUGAUAGAUGUUUGUGUUUCGCCAUUUGCUUGGGCCACCAUGCUGCAUUAGCGACCUGGACUGGUUCUGAGCGCUUCAUAGGAACUUUCCUCAUCUUUUGAUUUGGGAGCGUGCCACAUUGCUGAAACGUAGCCGUCGGAGCACUUGGUAGGAAUGUAGAAAUAAGGCACGGGUUGAAGUUUUCAGAGGACCUCAGAAGAUAAUUUCGCACGAGUUCGAAGUCGUGCUUAGCUUAACAUAAUCAAUCGAAACAUCUGGAUGGUCGAGUUCUGUUUUCACGUUGUCACAUCAUGGAAACCGUUGAUGAAAUAUGUGUUCUCAGGUAACAAUGAAGUAAGUACGAAAAGUCACUUGAAAUUUCUGUAGUAUUCGUGCAGUCUCAGCAUGUUAGAUAUGUUAGAUACCUUGUUGUUAGAUACCUUGAAAUGCCCCUCAGUAUGGCGCCUGACCUGUGCGGUACUAACUUACUAAAUAUGAGGUAUUGGGGACAGCUAUUAAUAUUUAGCAAAUUUCGUGGCGGAGAUGUUAUGACGCUUGGUUGAAUUUUGUUGAGUGAUGUUUCAGGCAUCGGAGCACUCGGUCCGGCCGAGUGAAAAAAUCAUUAUCAGUUCCGAGAACGUGAACGCCUUUUCACGAAGGCGCCGUAAGAACAGACGCUUCAGUUAAAGAGUACAAACCUCCCAAGCAAAUGUUCCAUUCUGUCAUUUCUAUGGUACAUGCCUGUAGGCAUACUUAAGAGUAAUAUUCGAUGCUUGUAUGACGCAUAAGCGCGACUAUAUUCAGCGAUCAACUGAAGCAAGCCCUUUUUUACAUGUCCCAUUGUAUUCAGAAUGGCGCAUAAUAAAACAAGU